AUGCCCGACUCUACUGAAACUGAGGUAUCUCGUGUAAAUGAGGUCGUGCAAUUCGCUCGAAGCAAAAAAACGCCAAAUUUACGCGCGACCUCGCGUAAAUUUGGCGUUAAUUACAAUUUGUUAUGGCGUCGUGUUAAACGGAAUAUAAGGCCAAAAACAGAGGUUAAACCAUCGAAUUACACCCUAAAUGUCUAUCAGGAGAAGGCUUUAGGCUAUUGGAUAAAGACUUUGGAUGCUUCCUUCCUCCCUCCGACGCCUGCUAUUAUAGAACAUUGGGCCAAUGCUACACUCGCGCGGUCAAAGACACCCGAUCGGACGGUCGGAAAAGAUUGGGCUCUCGAGGGUGUGAAUCCACGCAAUAUUUACAACUUUGAUGAAACUGGCUUUCAAAUUGGACAAGGACGGACCCGACGUGUGUUUUCUAGCCAAUCUGGCAAAGCUUCAGACCUCCCGGGCGUAGAAUAUGGUGAAAGGGUAACGGUCGCAGAAUGUAUUGCUGCCGAUGGUUGGCGAAUGCAGCCCUUAGUUAUCUUCAAAGGACAGCAUCAUAUGGAGUCGUGGUAUAACCAUCCAAUACCUGAUGAAUGGAUAACUGCGACCGCAGAAAAAGGCUAUAUUAUUGAUAAGCUUGCUGUGCGUUGGAUGGAAGAAUUUGACCGUGAAACACGCGAUCGUGUUAAAAAUGGAGAGCAGCGUAUUCUCUUGGUCGACGGCUGUGGCUCACAUCUAACAUUUGAAUUUCUUGAUACUGCGACCAAAGCAGGUAUUAAGAUAUUUGGAUUUCCGCCGAAUCGAACAAAUUAUCUUCAACCUUUGGAUGGUAAGCCUUUCCAAGCUUAUAAGGCUUAUUUUAAGACACAAAAUAACCUUAUUUCUCAAUGGGGUGGAGGUCUUCUCGCAUCAAAAUCAUCCUUCCUAAACGACCUUUACCAAUUCCGAGACAGCCCUUACACCCCGAAUGUGUCGAAAUGCCUUUUCAGAGCGAGGAAUUUAUCCAGUUGA